AAGGGGAAGUGAAUUGGGGCUGGAGCGAUGGCCCGGGUCUGGAGCCCGCGGCCGCCGCCGCCGCCGCCGCCGCCACCAGCGAGUCGGGAACAGGUGCGGCCGCAGCCGGAGCGGGGGCCGGAGUCGCGGCUGGAGUGGAGGCGGCGCGUGUGAGUUGCCGAGAGUCGCCCGUGCCGGAACACCUCAAACUCUGGGUGGGAGCGCUUCAGGUGGGCUGAGCCGCCGUCGCCCCUCCUCACCGCGCCCCCAGGCCCAGACAGCAGAGCUGGGGUCUCCCCAGGCGCGGGACUGGCUCCUCUCAGGCCGAGCCCUCCAGGCCGGGCUCUGGGUCUUCCUCGGCCUCUGGCUUCCUUCAAACUCAGGACGGAGGCCGGAGGACGGUGAUCAUCUCAGACUCGGGUAUUUUCUCUGUCGGGGUUGUAGCGGCUGGGAGCCCCCUCCUGCUGCCAGCUAGGGAGGGAACAGCGCCUUCCCACCGUUUCGCUCUGCAUCUCCCCCUCUCCUCCCAUUGAAGAACAAGUUUCUUUUUUUCUCUCCAUUGGAAAUUCUACCCCGGAAGUCCAAAACACCCAUCUGUGUCCUUCCCCAGCUCCUGGAGCACCCUUAGAAAUACUAUCUACUGACCAGGGCUGAGAAUAUCUUGACUUGACUUUUUAUCCUCUUUGGGAGACAAAGGUUCCCACCUCCUCCACGUCCAGUACCCCCUUCGGUAACUGACAGUGCAUGCCUAGGGCUUUAUCCAUUUGGAUCACCAGCUCCCUGGCCAUCUUUAUGUGACUUCCCCCACCUAUCUGAGUUACAGUUUCCUCUGGGCUCCGAUCUCCAGCCCCCAGCAGAUCUGGUCAGUCCCACUCCUGGGUGGGACUGACCAGAGGGGCUCUGGCCCAGGAUUCCUCACCCUGGAAGGCGGCUCCAAGGCCUCGAGAGAACUGGGCGUCGGGUACGAACCUGGCAGCUCAGGAUUGGGUGCUCCACUUACCCCACACAAGAAGAUGAAAAAACGCAAAGAGCUCAAUGCACUGAUCGGCUUGGCUGGGGACAGCCGGAGAAAGAAGCCCAAGAAAGGCUCAGGCCACCGCCUGCUUCGCACCGAGCCUCCUGACUCAGACUCUGAGUCCAGCUCAGAGGAGGAAGAGGAAUUUGGUGUAGCUGGAAAUCGCUCUCGCUUUGUCAAGGGAGACUAUUUACGAUGCUGCAAGAUCUGUUAUCCCCUCUGUGCUUUUGUCAUCCUUGCCGCCUGUGUCGUGGCCUGCGUUGGCUUGGUGUGGAUGCAAGUUGCUCUGAAGGAGGAUCUGGAUGCCCUCAAGGAAAAAUUUAGAACAAUGGAAUCUAAUCAGAAAAGCUCAUUCCAAGAAAUACCCAAACUUAACGAAGAACUACUCAGCAAACAAAAACAACUUGAGAAGAUUGAAUCUGGAGAGCUGGGAUUGAACAAAGUCUGGAUAAACAUCACAGAAAUGAAUAAGCAGAUUUCUCUGCUGACUUCUGCAGUAAACCACCUCAAAGCCAAUGUCAAGUCAGCUGCAGACUUAAUUAGCCUGCCUGCCACUGUAGAGGGACUUCAGAAGAGUGUAGCUUCCAUUGGCAGUACUUUAAACAGCGUCCAUCUUGCUGUGGAGGCAAUACAGAAGACUGUGGACGAACACAAGAAAACCAUGGAGUUACUGCAGAGUGAUAUGAAUCAGCAUGCCUUAAAGGAAACCAGUGGAAGCAACCAGAUCAUUCCAUCACCUUCAGCUACAUCUGAACUUGACAGUAAAACCCACAGUGAGAAUUUGAAACAGAUGAAUGAUAGAGCUGCCACUCUGAAGAGAGAGUCUUUGCAUCAAGUGACCAACAGAACAGAGUCAGUAAAAUCCCAGAGCAUAAAGAAAGAAGAUAGUUCAGAUUCUCAGGUAUACAAGCUCAGAGAGAAACUGCAGCUGAUCAGUGCUCUCACAAGCAAACCUGAGAGCAGCAGGCCUCCAGAGACUGCCGAUGAAGAGCAAGUUCAGAGUUUCACAUCAAAGCCAUCAGCAUUGCCAAAAUUCCCACGGUCUCUUGGAGGCCAGACUGAGAAAGCUGCCCAGCUAAGGCCUGUCUCCCUACCAGGAAUUUCUAGCAUCGAAGAUCUUCAGGAUUUAUUCCAUAAGACUGGGCAGGAUGUGGAUGGGAAGCUGACCUACCAGGAAAUCUGGGACUCCUUACAUUCUGCUGUGCCAGAACCAGAGCGUUUGAGGGAGUUUGAUUCUGAUGGAGAUGGAAGAUACUCAUUCCUGGAGCUAAGAGUAGCUUUAGGUGUCUAGCCUCAUCAGGCUUAUUUUAGAAAUGGAUGUAUGCCCUGGACUACCUAAUAUCUACUCAGCUAACAAAAACAACCCUUCUACCUACCCAUCAAUCCUCCAGUCCUCCAAACUACAGUAGCAGACACAUUGCCACCUUUUAACUUGUUUGAAAAAGCUAAAAGUUAUUUUUUUAAAAAAGACCAUUUUACUUAUAAUAGGCUACUCAGAAAUCUAUGAUUUCCUUAAACCAGUAGGAUCUUAAUUUUAAAAUUGCCAGAAAAAAAGUCAAGCCCUCUUUUUUUCUCUUUCCUUUUUUUUUGAGGGGAGGAGACCUUAUCUUUUAAAACUGGAAAAUGUGUAUAUAGAGAGAAUAAGCCACCUUUUAUAUUUCGCAUAAAUUUGCCUUAAAUUAGCUGCACUUUAUACAGACUCAGAAAAUGUCUUUCCUUUAACAGAUAGACCUUUUCUGUUUGUAAAUAUUUAAAAUGAAAGAAAGAGUUGUGCAUAUUUUGUGGGAAGUAGGAAGAAUGGUUUGAAACAGGACGUGAACAAAUGACUUGCUGUUAAAAAUUGCUAAUCUGAUCUGGUAGCAGCUUGAAGCUGUGUCCCCAUCUCCUUAAGACAUCCUCUUUGGGUGCUGCCAUGGGGUUUGGCCUGGUGCUGGGGGAGUAGAUUUAGGGAGUGGACACUGUGGGUACGGUGCUGCCUCCAGGCUCAGGAUUCUGGCUCUUUGGUCUAUCCUCUCAGCUCCUCCCAACCUGUGAACCAGAGAAGUCUUGUUGGGGAUUUUCUCUCUUUUAAUCCUGUUUCAGGGUUUAUGAGCAUAAAAAGUUAUCCAGUGGGAGCUACAUUUCCUCCCUGAGUGAACUAGAUUAUCUUCCCCCACGCAUCCACUCAAGUCUACCUUUAAGCCGUAACUGACUUUCACCUCUGAUACUGUCUCCAUUCUGAAUGGCAGGGCUGCAGUCCCUCGGCCACUGUCUCAGCCUGGCUACUCAGGAACUAUAGAGGAAAGCUCUGCCUCUAAUUUUGAUCCAGGAAACUUCUUGAGAUUUUACCUGGGGCCUAACCAAGAACCUAAUAUGUUCUUCUGUGGGCUGACUAAGGCCAAAAAAGGUUGUGAAAUGAAACACCUGAAAUCAUAUUAGGUUUCCUUGCAAUUACAGCUCAGAAAUAGCUAGAGGCUUUCUGUCCGGAGGUUGCCAAACAUGGCAGGCAGGCCUAGGGCGGGGGGCUUCACGUGGUGGCAGCAAAUCUAAUACAAGCAAGUGCAGUACUUCUCCCAUUAAAUACUUCUGUAGCCCUGCUACUAAAGGUCCCUGAACUGGAAGGAAUUAUUCCUCCAUGUCACCUCUGUGUGUGCUGUGUUGAUCUUAGAAGCAAUCUUCAGGCAACACAAAAGGAAAACUCUGCAAAACUUAACUGUGCUGUAGGCCAAGUCAGGGAGAAACUAGAGAAGCUUUCAGACUUCUUUAGUAAACCUUGUUUCCAUUUUAACUUUGUCCAAGUUGCCCUGUUAGCCAUGGAUGCAGUGGAGCACCCUUAAAUAUUUAAGGGAUGUUUUUUUUUUUUAUAUGAUGUUCAGCUCGGUGUUGGCUAACCUUGGUUUUUUUUCCUAGAGAUAUUAAAAUUUAGUUAAAGUGGGAUGAAGUCUUUUCCCAUGAACGUGUCUGCUUACCUCAUUAUGGCUUAUGCUUCUCGCUCUAUUUCUCUCUCUCAAACAAUUCCUUUGCCUACCUAUGCUAUUUUACUUUCUUGGAAAGGUUUAAAUAUAGUAUAAAAUUAGCCUGGCACUUUAGGUAACUUGAAGAUAACCUACUCUUCUGGCUGCCUUUCAUGCCCCCCCCCCUUUUUAAUAUAUAUACCCUUGCAGAUUUUGUAACAACCAAAUAAAAUUCUAGCAAUAAAUUGAAUUAUACUGCUAUAUUUAUAUGUACUGUACCAUAAAUAGUAUGUCUGUACCUGGAAGGUAUUUUUUUGAGAACUGAUUUAUAUGAAGUAUACUUGAGGGUAAUGUAACUUGUCCUUUUUAGUUUCAAAUUCUUCUUCAUAGGCAAAUACUUUGAGGACACCUUAACUCUUCGUAUAUACUUUUCUUUUGCAUCAGCUGUGCUUUUUAGUUUAGCCUCCAUUCUUCCCACCUGAAGCUUGUCCGCCACCUACCAUCAUCCCUGAGCCAGCUGGAUGGUUCCAUCCUCUCCCCACCAGAUUUGGCAGAGGUGUUCCUGCUGCACCCUCAGACCUGUGAGUACCCUUGCCACACCGCCUGGGAAAGUGCCAUAUCUCCCAGGCAGAACUAGGACAUCUUGAACUCCUUUGUUCUAAGUUGAGCAUGUUCAUUGGCUUAAAAAAAGAAUUCUUAUAAGCGUAUAUCAUUCAGUAUUAAUUAGGGAUUUUUAUUUGAAAGUUGUCUUAACUUAUCCAACCUAUGACUUGUGUCGAUCUGUAAUCAAGCCUCACCUACCACACCUCAGCCCUGAGAGGAAGGCUAGGUAGUAGUAGUGAGUUUGGUUUUGGUUUUCGUUUCAAAUGCUUUUACCUUUUCACUCCGGCAGCUCCUCCUGCUGCUUUCCUGAGUUACCCAAAGCAUGUCUUCUUGGUCCUGUUUUUCUUUCGCCUUCUAUCUGGUAUAAUGUUUACCUAGAGAGCCUCCCCCAUAAAUCAGAGAGGCAAUGUAUUAUAGGAAGAGAAGAACCAAAAGAAGAGAGAACCUGGCUUAGGGAUGACUGUAGUGUCGUCUUAAAGGCCGAGAAGGGCCUGGCUCUUAGGAUUGUGUCUGAUACAGCACAGCUGAAGAGUGGACACCCUUCACCUGCUGCUGGUUGCUUUCCCUUCCUUUGGCGUUCCCCCUCACGUUAUAUCGCUGGACAUAACCACAUCUGUGCGCCCCCGCGCCCCCCAUGUUGGUCUUGCCGGUCACAGUUGAAGAUUUUGACUGUGAUGGGCUCAUACUCAUAUGGCCUGCUGUUGAGUUGUUUUUAGUAACAGCUUUUGUUUGCUACACCUCAUUGGCUUGCUUACCAAUGCCAGUUUGAUAUGGUCCCCUCUUUCAUAUCCAAACCAGAACACAUUUGGGUAUUCCUAGGACUUUAUAGAGCGUGUACUGUUUGUUAUACGAACCUAACCUACCUUGUUUUUUUCUCAUAUUAAGAAAUGUAAAUCUACUUUGCUUAAGUGGAGCUAUUUUGGUAAUGUUUAAGCAAUUUUGGUUCUGUUUAGGGAGGGAAUUCAAGAUUUCCAUCACUUGAUUUGGGCUUUGCUAAUUUAAUAUCAGUAAUAAAACAAUUUUAAUUUAAAUAAAACAUUUCUUUUUUCUCUCA